CUCCGCGUUUUCAAAAAUCAAAACCCCAGCCGGAACAGCGAAACCCCUUCCACCAUAGCCCGUAGGAAACGGAGCAGCGGUUGCGGUUUCUCUCUCCGUCGCUCUCACCGCUCGCCGCCGUCUCCGUAUCCGGUCCGCAAGGCGGGCCUGGCGUCAAGGUCCUCCGCUCCGUCCCCUUCACUCGCGACCGGAGUCCCCUCUUCGUUGGUUCGCCAAUCUACUUCGUCGGCCCACCCCUUUUCCCCCGAUCGAUCUCUCCUCGCUAAGCGAACUAUCUUGACCUCCCUCCCUCGUGCGAGAUUAGCCAGUAGAAAGUUCCCCGCUUUUCAUCCAGGCACACUUCCACCACCUCGCUUUGCUGCUUCACUGCUUGCUUCUGUUGGGCGGAGUGCUAAUAGGACGGCACGGGAGUCAAGAUUCCUCCUCCUUAACCUGCCCUUUCGUGUUGCCGUUGUUGGUGGUUUGGUUUGUGAUUGCGGUGGCGCUGGAGUUGCGGUGUGUGUGAAGCGAGGGAUCCGAGAUUCUUGUGGAUUCUGUUCUACUUUUCGAUUGCUGCUGAUUCUCUCUCCCGUGCGACGGCACAAGCGGCGGUGUGGGGAGAGCAUCCGCCGUUGCCCGGCCUUGGAGGGCCCCGGUCCGUCUAUGGAACUUGCCGCCCCGGUGCCACGCCCCGGCCCGGAACUGAAGUGCUCAGCAAGGCGCUUCUUGCCUGCCACUCUCACGCUGCUGGUGCCUACUGUGGCAGUCCCCUGUUUGGUUCCCGCUCCUCACUGACCGGCUACGGGGCUGCGAUAAUGGUGCCUCAGAUGGUGCUGCUCCUUUGCUGCUGUCUCCUGGCGUUCCCGCCACAUGGUCCGUUAGUCGUUGAGGCUUUUGUAGGCGGUUAUGGAGUAAACUAUGGGAGAAUAGCAAACAACAUCCCUUCCCCUGACAAAGUGGUGGAGCUCCUGAGGAGAGCAAAGAUAAGGAAUGUUAAGAUAUACGACUCUGACCACAGCGUUCUCGAUGCGUUCAAAGGGUCUGGGAUCAAUCUGGUCAUCGCAAUCCCCAAUGAGCUCGUCAAGGAUAUGGCUGCAAACACGAGCCGUUCAAUGGACUGGCUAAAUCAAAAUGUGCAGCCUUAUCUCCCUCAGACGCGCAUCGUUGGGAUCACUGUGGGAAAUGAGGUGCUCGGAGGCCAAGAUCAAAGCUUGUAUCAGCCACUUGUUGAUGCUGUGAAGAAUGUGUAUGAUGGGCUCAAGAGGCUCCACUUGGAGAGAAAAAUUGAGCUUUUCACACCUCAUUCGGAAGCUGUUUUUGCUACUUCUUAUCCACCCUCCGCAUGUGUGUUCAAGGAGGAACUCAUGCCAUACAUGAAACCUCUUCUCGACUUCUUUGCAAUGAUUGGCUCACCUUUCUAUGUCAACGCAUACCCCUUUUUGGCUUACAUAAGUGAUCCUGAACAUAUCGAUAUCAAUUAUGCUCUCUUUAAACCCAACAAAGGAAUAAUUGAUCCAAAUAAUAGCCUGCACUAUGACAAUAUGUUUGAUGCUCAGGUAGAUGCAGCUUAUGCUGCUCUACAUGCUGCUGGUUAUGAUAACAUGGAGGUUCGGGUGGCAGAGACUGGUUGGGCUUCUAGUGGGGAUCAAAAUGAGGCAGGAGCUUCAUCUGAGAAUGCAAGGACGUACAAUUUCAAUCUUCGUAAACGGCUAUUUCUGAGGACCGGAACUCCUCUGAAGCCAAAGAGACCAGUCAAAGCGUAUAUAUUUGCGUUGUUUAAUGAGAAUCAGAAGCCUGGAGCUGGCUCUGAGAGGCAUUAUGGGCUGUUCCUUCCUGAUGGAAGGAUUUCAUAUGACAUCGGUGUCUCAGGUCUACUACCUUCAUCUGCAUCCUCAUCCGUGCUGUCCAUUAAGAAUGUUCAAGCUGGGGGUUGGAUUUUACAGCAUUGGGCUACAGUUCUUUUAUGUAGUUUUCAUUUUUUGAGGGCCAUAGUGACUUGAGGACGGCAUACACAUCCGUAGUAAAGGGUACAAUUGAGCAAGUUAGAAUGUUGCUAUUGGGAAGUUCACAAUGAAAAUCCAAAUAAUAGUACCGCUGCAAU